AAAGAAUACUCCAGUUAUGUAUGCUGUACUGGUAUUGCUGCUCAUUUUCGUGACAGCUGCAACGAAUACUCAGCGGCGAAAUAAUUAUACUGUACAGAAAACAGAAGUUGAACCUAUCCCUGAAUCAGUACACAAGUAUAUAGAAGCAUACGCCGAUGCCUUCUAUAAAGCGAAAACGGCUGAGUUUUCUAAACGCGAAGGAGCAGCAUCUUAUAAUAUGAUAAAUGGUGAAAGAAAGUUCAAAAACGAGGUCAAACGAUUGGAAGCUAUACACGAAGCUGCAUGGUUUAGAGAUUAUGUUAGAAGUGUUGAUCCGAAAAACAGAUUUGUACAACGACAAAGUGAAGAGGAAUAUGCAAAAGCCGCCAAAACGCCCUCUCAAUUAGAUAACUAUAUGUAUGAAAAUCUCAACAUGAAUACUGAACUAUUCAAUAAGUGGCACAGCAGAUUGAACCUUGACAUUGAAAUUGACUUUCAUUUAACGACAAUAGAUCAAAGAGCAAAGCAUUCAUCAAACCAUCAGACAAACAGUCAACCAAAAAAUGUGAAUGAUAUACAAUCAGAAUUCAGAAAACUAGAACAGGAAUAUUACAAACAGAAAGCUCAAACAAACAAGCUACUAGAGUUGGCAGUUCACGAAAGUCUAAACUCGAGGCAUGCCAUAAAUGCGGCCUGGGAUAAAGUAAAACUUACAAAAGCAGUUAUAAACGUCGAAGACCAAAUCCUUGAUUAUGUUGAAAUUAUUGAAGAUUAUCAAUGGGAUUUGGAAGAAAUCGAAAAGAAAAUCAGAGCAGAAAGAGGUGGAAGAGCUAAGCAGAAGUUGCUACAAAUGAAAAAAGAUGUCAUACGGAAAUUAAAUGAAACUGAAGUCCUAUUAAAUAGAACUCAAAAAUUACAGAAUGACUUCGCUGGCAAGACGUUUGCAGAGGAUGUGGAAGUAAAACGAAAAGACACUCAGAGCAAUCAAGCUUUGAAUAAAUAUUACUCCCAUUUAUGGGAUUUAAGACACAAAGUCAUGGACCUUGAAGUUCAAAGAAUUGAAUACUUAAAAUCAAUACCUAAAAGUAAAAGAAUAGCUGAAAUGAAACGUGCCAUGGAGGAAGAAAUCGACAAAUGAAAGACCUGAGACCAUUUCAAGGAGAUAAUCUGAAGAACACUGG